ACUCUUUCCUGCUGCCUAGUCUGCUGAGCGGAGCUUCAGUCUCCACCAUCAAUCAUCCAGUAAGGAAUUUGCACUUACACAAGGAACUGUUCCUCGGAGAGAUCCCCUCCUGAACCCACCUGCAGUUCACCAGCCCCAGACCAAGAGCAGCUUCUCUACGCCUCUCUGAAAUGUCCAUCCACUCCAGAGAACCAGCCCCUGACACCCACCCCCUUGCCCUGCCUGCACCGAUUGUGCAAGGAGGGAAGGUCAACAGAGCCAAGUCCAUUGAGGGAUAUCAAGAGAAGCCAGAGUAAACCCUUGAUGUGCGCCAUCUUGUCUGCUCGUGGCUGACAAAGAGAAGGGAAGAUGGAGCCACCAUCUUGAAAACGUCUAGUCCUUAGUUCCUGCCGGCAUUCACCCGUGCAAGCUCCCAGCUUGUUUGUGUCUGCAGCUCGCCUUUACAGGAUGCUCUUUGUUAGAAAAAGAUUUGGGGCUGCUUUUCAUUAAAAAGAAAAGCCUCGCUGAGGACUCCCAUAACCUUACUAUCUAUCUGCGUCUGACCAGGGAUUCUGCAUUCAAAGAAACUCUUGUUGAUCUUGUUGGUUCAUGGACAACACUUUGAGAAGCCAGGCUAUAGAGGGUACAAGUAUUAUGGAACUAACACUACAUUUCCAGAUUCCAAUGGUAGCAAAGAAAAGGAUGGAAGAAUUUCAGAUGCCCCAGAUAAAGACAGCAAGAAAAAGUUAUUUUAUCCCCAUGGAAACAGGAAAUCAAACACAUGCCCCAGAAUUUCUCCUCCUGGGGUUUUCAGCAACGUCAGAGAUUCAGUUCAUUGUCUUUGGGCUGUUCCUCUCCAUGUACCUAGUGACUUUCACCGGGAACCUGCUCAUCAUCCUGGCCAUAUGCUCUGACUCCCACCUCCACACCCCCAUGUACUUCUUCCUCUCCAACCUGUCCUUUGCUGACCUCUGUUUUACCUCCACGACCGUCCCAAAGAUGUUACUGAAUAUACUGACACAGAACAAAUUCAUAACAUAUGCAGGCUGUCUCAGUCAGAUUUUUUUUUUCACUUCAUUUGGAUGCCUGGACAAUUUACUCUUGACCGUGAUGGCCUAUGACCGCUUCAUGGCCAUCUGUCACCCCCUGCACUAUACGGUCAUCAUGAACCCCCGGCUCUGUGGACUGCUGAUUCUGGGGUCCUGGUGCAUCAGUGUCAUGGGUUCCCUGCUCGAGACCUUGACUGUUUUGAGGCUGUCCUUCUGCACCAAAAUGGAAAUUCCACACUUUUUCUGUGAUCUUCUUGAAGUCCUGAAGCUCGCCUGUUCUGACACCUUCAUUAAUAACGUGGUGAUAUACUUUGCAACUGGCGUCCUGGGUGUGAUUCCCUUCACUGGAAUAUUUUUCUCUUACUAUAAAAUUGUUUUCUCUAUACUGAGGAUUUCCUCAGCUGGGAGAAAGCACAAAGCGUUUUCCACCUGUGGUUCCCACCUCUCAGUGGUCACCUUGUUCUAUGGCACGGGCUUUGGGGUCUAUCUCAGUUCUGCAGCCACACCAUCUUCUAGGACAAGUCUGGUGGCCUCAGUGAUGUACACCAUGGUCACCCCCAUGCUGAACCCCUUCAUCUACAGCCUGAGGAACACGGACAUGAAGAGGGCCCUGGGGAGACUCCUCAGUAGGGCAACAUUUUUUAAUGGUGACAUCACUGCAGGACUUUCAUAAGUAGCAAGGCUUGGACCAUUGGGAGGCACUUUUGGUGGUUCUUGAAUGUAUCCAAACAUCAAUGUAUUCUCUUUUAGUUCUGGAAUUACCAUAUCUUAUCGUGUCUUUGAUACAGGAGCUAGAAAGAAAUUAUUUAGGUAGAUAGGGAGGGCCACAGAGUCCUGGGCAAGGUUUCCCCGUUAACAAAAAGCAGCCCUCAAAAUCAUUUCUAACAAAGAACAGCCUGAAAAAUCGAGCUGCAGACAUAGAUAAGCAAGCUGGAAGCUUGCAUGAGUGAAUGCCGGCUGCUGCGCCAAUAGAAAAGGGCUAGGUGGGGGCCAGGCAUGUUCAACAUGGAGGCUCCCUCUUCCUUUUCUUUGUCAACCACGUGUACAGCAAAGGAACAGGCAACAUGGGGCUGCCCAGGUAAAGAAUCCAUCUGUAUAAUAAAAGAUUAGGGUAGGGCAGCCAGCUUCUCCACAUGCUAUGCAAAUGGCACACCUGAUCCAACCAAUCUUUUAUGGCCUAUGUAAAUCAGACAACACCUCCUCAAGCUAGUUUAUAAAACCCUGUGCAUUUCACCAUGGAACUGGCAACCCAUUUUCUCUGGGACCCCUCUCUGCACAUAGAGCUCUUCUCUUUCUCUCACCUAUUAAACUUCUGCUCUUAACCUCACUCUGGUGUGUCCACAUCCCAGUCUUCUUCCAUGGCUGUGGGACAACAAACCUCAGGUGUUACCCCAGACAACUAUGCUGCUUCAUCUUGAUUUUGACAAUUUUUGAAGACGGUGUAUUAACUUUCUAGGGCAUCUGUAACAAUGUGCCACAAAUUGGGUGAGUUAAACAAUAGCAAUUGAUUGUCUCACAUUUCUGUAGACUAUGACGCCUGAAAUCAAGGUGUUGGCAGGGCUGGUUCCACUUGAAGGCUGUGAGAAAGAUUCUGUUCCAUGCCUUACCCCUAGCUUCUGCCGGUUGCUGGCAGUCUUUGGCUUUCCUUGACAAUAUAGAAGCAUCACCCCAAUCUCUGCUUUCAUCUUCAGGUGAUGUUCUCCCUCUAGGUGUGUCUGUGUCCAAAUUUCCCCUUCUUAUAUGGACAACAUUCAGAUUAGAGGCCAACUCUACUCCACUAUGGACCUCAUCUUAGCUUAACUAAUUACAUUCACCGCAGCCCUAUUUCUAACUGAGGGCUUUAAUGUAACAUAUGAUCACAUAAGCAAUGCAAACUAUUGUGAACAUCUCAGAUAUUUGCAAUGAAAAAAUUAAACAUUGGCUUCACAAAGGUCAGAAUAGCUGAGACCACAUUCUGAAGUUUUGGCGGUAAGGACUUCAACAUAUGAAUUUGUAGAGAAUGAAAAUUCAACCCAUAAAAGACAGUUUCAUCAAGACUAGCUUUAAAUGCAAAGAAUGACCAGCAUCCCAAAUUGCCCAUUUCUGUUUUUUUGUUUUUUUGCAAAUAAAAUGUUAUUGGCAUAUAGCCACACCCACUUGUGUACAUAUUAUCUGUGGCUGCUUUCAUGUUACAAGAGCAGAUAUGAGUAACUGCCACAGAAAUCAUCUGACCUGGAAAACCUACCUAAAAUAUUUACUCUCUGGCCUUUUUCACUGUGAAGGUUUGCUGACCCCUGAAUUAAAACAUUGCUCUCACUUC